GGUCCCAGCCUACACAGGCAGUCUUCCGGUAGCGUGAUCUGUGUUCGAAGCGUAAGGGGACACACACUUGCUACCAGCACCGAGACGGAGCUGACGCCCCUGCGACGAAAAUGACAACGUGUGAGGAUCCCUCUGGCUACAAGCAGGAGGAUGAGUUUAUGGACAUCCUGGAGGAGAGGAGGAGGAGCAGUGACCUAGGCCAUGCCCUCCGAACCUUUACCCCCUCCCCUUACAGGGGAGCCCCUCCUCUCUCCGCGGGCGCCCUCAACAGGAUGGUUUUGGAGUCACAGUACCUACGAUACGUCACCAAGGAGGUGGCCAUGGAGACUGGUGAGAGUGUGGAUCUGGUGAGAGAGGAGGCGUCAGGGAUACUGGAUGAGAUGUCUCAGAACCUUCAGCUGGGAUUCAUCAGACUGCUGGGGUUCACCCUCAGUAAAGUAUUCAAGAGGCUCUUCAGCCACAUCAACAUCAACCAGGAAGGACUCAAUAGGCUCCAACAGGCCAUUCAGGAGUCUCCAGUGAUCCUGAUGCCCAAUCACAGGAGUUAUGUGGACUUCCUGGUUCUGUCCUACAUCCUGUUCACCUAUGACCUGCCCAUCCCCGUUAUAGCUGCUGGAAUCCCUCUGAUGGACAUGAAGAUGGUGGGAGAGAUCCUGCGUCGUUCUGGAGCGUUCUUCAUUAGGAGGGCCAUCGGGUCUGACAAGCUGUACUGGGCUGUCCUAUCUGAGUAUGUCAAAACCAUUGUCAGGACAGGGUAUGCUCCUGUAGAGUUCUAUGUGGAGGGUCUGAGGAGCAGGACUCUCAAGUCCCUCACACCCAAGUUAGGUAUGAUGCACAUGGUCCUGGAGCCGUUCUUUAAAGGGGAGGUGUAUGACAUCACGCUGGUCCCCAUCAGUAUCAGCUAUGACAGGGUCCUGGAGGAGUCUCUACUGGCACAUGAACUACUGGGGGUCCCCAAGCCCAGAGAGACCACCAUGGGCCUACUAAAGGCUAGGAGGGUACUGGAGGAGGACUAUGGCAGUAUGCACGUGUACUUCGGCAUGCCUCUGUCAGUCCGACAGCUGACGAAGGGGAGGGUGGACCGCUGUGAAUACAACCUUCUACCCAGAGACCUUCCCCAUAGGCCCAGUGUAGAGACCCAGGAGUGUGUGAGCUGGCUCGCCCAGCAGGUGAUACGUGUCCAGGAACAGAGUUCCAUCCUCAGCCCCUGGUCUCUCAUGGCCUGCCUGGUGCUCCAGGACCAUCAGAACACAGACCCAGGAGAGGAACAGGAGAAAGGUCUCUCCUGGGAGCUGCUCACCCAGAGGACACUGUGGCUCAAGGGACUGGCGAUCAGCUUCGGAGCCCGCCUGGACUGGCCUGAACAGCCACCUGAAAACCAGGUAAUGGCGUCCAGCAUGGCUUUGCACCGCUCUGUGAUUCGCUGUCACCAAGGCCGUGUCACACUGCUGGAGGAGGAGGGGCCUGUGGGGGCUGGGCCUUUCACAACAGAGGAGGGUGUGGUCAGGCGGGCGCGGGCAGUGCUUAUGGUUGCGGCCUAUAGGAACCAGGCGCUGCAUGUGUUCAUACGUCCGGCCAUGUUGGCUCUGGCCAUACACACAACACGCAGCUCACAGAGAGAGGACAUCUAUAGCUACUUCAGGUUCCUCCUGGACCUCUUCUCCAACGACUUCAUCUUCAUCACUGGCAGAUCCUCACAGGACUUUGAGGAGGCAUGUUCGUUACUCAGGAAAUGUGGAGCAGUCCAGACCAGUCAACAGGAAGUGACAUCACCAGAGGAGGGUCAGAGGACUACCUCCUUCCUGCGAGCCCUGCUACAGCCCUUCAUAGAUGCCUACCAGGUGGUGUUCAGUCACCUGUGUUUGGAGGAUGUUGAGGUGUUCACAGAGAGACAGAUGGUUCCUGCCGUCCGCAGCCUGGCCACCAAGCUCCUCUUAUCUGCGGGUAGACUGCCGGUACAGACCGCCCCUAACCCCAGGCUCUAACCCUGGAGGACUGCAGACCAGGCAGACUGGACCAAACAUGUCUCUUCACUUCCUGUCUCCAACCCAACUCUGUGCCUGUAUUCAUACAGCGUCUUAGAGUCGAAGCGCUGAGUCCUCUUGUGCUCAAUCCAGACGCUGACUGACCUGAACUUUCACACUGUAAUCAACUGAACUGUAAAGCUGUGUCCACUAUAGCUGUUCUAAUUAUAGAGCUGGCCUUACUUAGAGUGAGUGAAUCCGAUCCAUUAUGUGUGAGCUGCUGUCAGGAUCUAGUAGAAUCAAGUUAAGUUUUUUUAUUUUUUACUCCAGACACUUCCGCUGGAGGCCACUAGAUGGCAGUGUAACCACUGAGUCAAUACACAUGGUCUGACUGGGUUAGUUCAAGAUUUCAAUGUAAUUCAUCAUACCAAUCAAUAAAUAUAAUAUAUGCAAAAACGUAUCAGAUAUCAACAUGUGAAUUGUAAUGGUUUUUACAUUUGAUUUCCACUUUAUUCUUUUUUGAAGAAGAAGAAUUCUUUAAUAAAAUGAAUGUCACCUUA